AUGCCAACCAAAAAGGGUGACUCAAAAUCUGCCGCUAAGAAAGGAGGAAAACCAGAGCCAGAGAAAAGUAAGGGAAAAGCAGAGGAGGAGAAGAAGGGAAAGGAUGACAAAAAGGGUGGAAAAGAUGACAAAAAGACAGGAAAAGAUGACAAAAAGGAUGAAAAGAAAGGAAAGGAUGAUAAGAAAGGUGGAAAGAAGGGAAAAGAGGAGCCCUCUAAGAGUAAAGGAAAGGAUGAUGGGAAAAAAGGAAAAGACAAAGGCAAGGGCAAGAAAGCAUUGAGUGAAUCAGAGGAAGGAUCAGAUGGAGAGCCUAUGAAGAGUGAGGAAGAUGAGGAUGAAGACUUGAGUGAAGAGGAGGAGGAUGAAGAUGAAUCAGAUGGAGACAGACGUAGACGUGGCCGUGGCCGUGGGAAAGAUGUUGCCAAAGGCAAAGCAGCCAAGGGAAAGUCUAAAUCAAGACGUGGUGAUUCAGAUGAGGAUGAUGAGGAGGAAGAGGAUGAAGAGGAGGAGGACGAAGAAGAUUUGAGUGAUGAGGAGGAUGAUGGGAGAAGUAAAAAAAAAUCCAAAGAUGCUCGUCACAAAUCAAAAUCCAGACCUGAAGAGGAUGGAAAGAAAAAGAGAGCAAAACAUGAGCCUCCUCCUGAGCCUCCAAAAGAAGAGAAAAAGAAGAGAGGCCUAAAGAACACAUCUAGACUGUUCAUGCGCUUUUCUGGGUUUAGAAGGAGAAGAAAUUCCAAGAAGCGACUGAAGAGUACCUCCCGGUUAUUCCUUGGCCUCGGCAAAAGAAAGCACCGCCUUGCCAAAAAGAAGAGGAGAAAAUCGGUCCUGAAGCACACUUCCAGGUUUAUGAUGCGUUUCAAAGCCAGUAAGAAAAAGAAGAAAGAUAAGGACGCAAACAAAGAUGGUGAACCAAAAAAGAAGGCGUCAUACAUGCUCAUUAGACUGGGUGGCAACUCCAAACCAGAAAAGAAAACAGGGUUCUUCAAAGGCCUCUUCAGUAGGAAAAACGGAGCUGGGUCUGAUUUCAAAAACCAAUCUGUGUUGCUGGGAAAGAUAGCUGCUGCAACCAACUGGCUCACUAAAAGGUUCAUCUCACGAAAGGGGCGGCAGAGUUCACUUGGCAGAGACUAUGAUCCUUGGUCACGAUCAGGCAGCAAAAGACAAACAUUUCCCGGUGGUCACCGACAAGCCAGCAUAAGAGGACCUCAUGGAUAUCACAACUAUGGCUAUGAACAUGAUGAUGGUGUAUAUGACCAUUACAAUCAGGGCAGAGCAGAAAGAGGAGCAUUCAGGAGACAGUCAAUGCAGAGGGGCCAUAACAGAUAUGAUGAACGAUACGCAGGUAUGGAAGGACAUUCAAGAAGGUCAGUGCAGCCUUAUGAUCAUUAUGAAGGAAUGGCUGACUAUUACGACACGCCUUCCCAGGAUCAGGGGUAUUAUGAGCUGGAAGAUGGAUACUAUGAUGUGCAGAUGGGAUUCCCAAAUGGAGUCGAGUAUUAUGAUGAUGGCACAGAAUACCAUAAUCCAUAUCCUGACCAGGAGGCAGGCUACUACCCAGAGGACAUGGGCUAUUAUAGUCAACAACAGCAGCAACCAGGGGAUAUGUACUACGGUGAUGAAAUGGAGUACUAUGAUGAUGGGCAGUAUUUCAUGGAAAAUGAGUAUUCCAUGUAUGGAAAUGAAAUGGAAUUUUAUGAUCAAGAUCAGCUUAUGUACUUUGAUGAUCAGCAAGGCAUCUAUGACGACCCUUAUGGAGCAGUCAUUCCAGGAGACUCAAAUAUGGAUCCAUACGGUCCUUAUGAGGAUCCAUAUUUCCAGGACUACCAAAUGAACUAUAGUGAAGCAGGUGUUUCGCCAUACCUUGAGUCUUCCUAUGACAUGUACCAGCCAUAUGGCCAUGCCAUGCAUGAUAUUUUGGAAGGUGAGGAAGUGGAUGGAAUUUAUGACGAUCAGUUUGGGCAUUUCCCCAUGGAGCCAGCGGUCAUUGCAGGUGAUAUGGAAUUCAGGGUUCCAAGGCCUCAGGUCAAGCUUUUUGGAAAAGAGAGGAUUGAUGUUGAGCUUCCACCACCUCCUCCUCAAACUGAUUUAGAAGAGAUGUCAGAGAUUCAAUAUGAGAAUCAGCUCUAUGACACUGGAGUACUUGGGGACCAUGCAUUUCCUCCUCAGGCUAUGCACCAACAAGAAAUGCUUCCUCCUGUGAUGCCUCAGAUUCCUACACCAACAGCUAUGCUCAUCAAGAAUGCUAACAUGUCCCAAGGGUUUGGCAGUCCAGGUAUGGGACUGUCUCCACACAUGUCGCCCAUGGUACAGAUGGGUGGACUUCCUUCUGCACACCUGCACCCUUCCCCUACACCUAGCAGGAGAUCGAUGGGAAUUAUGGGCUCCGCCGUCCAGAGGCCUCUGUCCCCUGUGGGAGCACCAGGAGGUUUUGGUGAGCCUCUGAUGAAUGUCAGGCAAUCUCCUUUGCCAAUGAGGAGGCCAAGUCCCCAUACAUCCCCUCCACUCUCUAUACGGCCUACGGGUAUGUCCCCUUUGAGAAGAAGCCCUUCCCCACAACCCUCCAUACGUGGUUUUGGAGGCAUGGAAGCACCACCAUCACCAGGGAUGCCAAGAGGGACUAUGCCCCUGAAUAGGUUCGCACAGCGAUCUCCCUCCCCACAAGGGCACAGAAAUUUCAGUCCCCCAACCUCUCCCACCCUGUCAAGACAUAUGCAGCCCCAGGCUUCUGUUAGGCAGGCCCCGCAGCCCAUGAGCAGUCAAAUGCCCUCUUAUCCUCCCUCCAUGCACAAUAGUCCCCCACCUUCCCCUCGUGGCUCCUUUCGCAGACGAAGUCCUUCACAAUCGCCCCGUGCCUCAGUGAGACAACGAAGCCCUCGAACAUCGCCACCACCUAUGGUUCAUCGGCCUUUUGGAGCCAGGAAGCUCCAUGGCUCACCAUCUCCUCCACCCUCCCCAAAGAUGAAUAUGCGCCCCAUGGGGAGCAUUCGGCAAAGAGAACCAGAUAGGCCUCAGUCCCCAUUUGCUUCUGAGAGAGCAUCACCUAGCCCCUCACGAAGAAGUUUUGCAGUAGGACCAGAAUCACAGAGACCACUCUCUCCAGAGGGUCGAAGAUCCCCUUCACCCACCUUGUCGCGUAGAUCUACUCGCCUUAUGAGAGACCCACCCCCACUGGGGUCACCUGGAGGUCAGAUGCGGGGAAUGGGGAGGCCCAACAUUCCAAUGGGAGCAGUAAAACCUUACCCUGGCCGGAUGGGUCGCUCAGGAGCACCAACCCAAAAUGUGCCCCCAUUUAGAGCUUCCAUACGUAGCAACAGGUCAGUCGUAACCCAAGACCCUAGAGCUUCUCCUCAGCUCUCAAGACAGCACCCUGGGAUGAGGAUGGGGGAACAGAGCCGUAUUUUCCCUCCAGGCACUCCUGGGCCCAUGCGAAACCCGCAGAGACCUGUUGGUCGUGGCCGCCCAUUAAUGGCCCGUCAGUCCUUGAGAAGAGGCCCUGGAAUGGUGCCACAUUCUCCUCAGCCAUCUUUAAAAAGAGUGGGGCCCCCAUCUCCGCAACCCUCCAUUAGGCAUCUGUCCAGACCGACCUCUCCGCACCCACCCAUUAAACAUGGCUCACCUCUGCCAAUGCGGGCUGCAUCCCCUCACGCCCCUCCCUCCCCUUUGCUCUCUGGUAGCCUACAGAAUCCUCAGCUGCAAGCUGCUUUUGGUGGUGCACAGCAAGUCCCUACAGAGUUUUACCAAGCAAUGGAUCACCCUGUUUCCCCUGUGCUCACAAGUGCCCUUCAAAACCCAAAUAUUCGUAAUGCAUCAUAUGCAUCUCCUCUACAGCAACCCAUGUCACCAUAUGCUCCUGAAGUGCUUGAGCAGGCCACAGGACAUCCAUCUUCACCUUUGUUAGCACAUGCUUUGAAAAACCAAAGCAUUCAAAAUGCAUCUUUCACCUCACCUUUGCAAAGACCGUCAUCGCCUCGUGCCAUUGAAAUGGUCGAACCCGAACAAUAUCCAGAACAGAUAGCAUCUCCUCUUUUAUCAAAUGCUUUGCAAAACCCUCAGCUCCGUGCAGCUUCUUAUACUUCACCAUUACAGAGACCUGGUGUCCCCUAUGCCGCUGAAGUGCAGAUGGAUCCCACCUCCCCACUCAUAUCAAAUGCUUUACAGAAUCCGGACCUUCAGGGUGCAUCAUACAUCACCCCCUUAGGACCCACAUCACAAUAUGGUCCUGAAGUAGAGGCUUUUGAACAGAUUCCAGCACAGCCAUCCUCUCCAAUGCUGUCUCGUGCUGUUCAGAAUCCUCAUCUACGUAAUGCCUCAUACCAGUCACCCUUACAGGGACUGCGUUCACCUUAUUCACCUGUAGUGACACAGUAUGAUUAUAUAGAAGAACCAGGCCCUGGACCCCUCCUUAAAGAUGCUCUUCAAAAUCCCAAUGUCCGAAAUGCUUCCUACCGGACUCAUUUACGACGCAGGGGUUCAAGGUAUGCCCCUGCUUAUGGCCUGCGGGGAUCUCCAGUUCUCUCCCAUGCCUUACAAAACCAAAACAUUCGUAAUGCAUCCUAUCGAUCACCACUGCACAGAAGCCCUUCCCCUUAUGCUCCUACAAUGACUGCAUAUGGGCAAGAUCCCAGAAAAUCGCCAAUACUUUCAGAUGCUCUACACAACCCUCAGCUCCUCAAUGCUACUUACCAGUUGCCAGAUGGGACGAUAGUGCACGGGAAUCAGAUAGUUGAUCCAUCUACUUCACCAAUGCUUGCCAACGCACUGCAGAAUAAACAAGUUCGAGGAGCAUCAUAUAGACUUCCUGAUGGUACCAUCAUAAAUGCAGGCUCUAGACAGCAACAAUCCAUGUCUCCUCAUCUCUCCAGAGCAUUACAGAAUGAAAAUAUCAGAAAUGCCACCUACAGACUGCCAGAUGGAACCAUAAUCAGCGGUGACCCUAGACAACAGCAGCCAUCAUCGCCAAACCUGUCCCGUGCCCUGCAGAAUCCAAAUCUCAGGAAUGCCUCUUAUAGACUCCCAGAUGGGACUAUUAUUAUGGAAGAUCCACAGCAACAAAAGCCAAUGUCUCCAAACUUGUCCCGAGCCCUUCAGAACCAGAACAUCCGAAAUGCGUCUUAUAGGUUACCCGAUGGCACAAUUAUAACGGCUGAACAACUGCAACCAACAUCUCCAGAUCUGUCCAGAGCGCUGCAAAACCCCAAUCUACGAAAUGCUUCCUACCGGCUGCCGGAUGGCACAAUCCUAAUGACAGACUACAAUCAGUCCAAGUCCACUUCCCCAAAUUUGUCUGAUGCACUUCGGAACCCACAAAUGAGAAACGCAAGUUAUCAGCUGCCUGAUGGAUCUAUUAUAAAUUUGCAGAAUGAUACAUACCAGGGUACUUCUCCCAAUUUAAUGAGUGCCCUUCAAAAUGAAAAUCUUCGCAAUGCUACAUACAGGCUACCUGAUGGAUCUAUUAUAAGCGCUGACCCAAGAAGCAAACCACCCUCCCCAGAUCUGUCCCAUGCCCUCCAGAAUGAAAGCCUAAGGAAUGCCUCCUACAGGCUUCCUGAUGGAUCAGUCAUAUCACCAUACGCGAAGUAUAAACCAACAAAUCCAAAACUUGCAGACGCAUUGCUAAACAAGAACCUUCGUGAUGCAACAUACAGACUGCCAGAUGGCUCUGUCUUGUUAGCAGAUUUUAGGAAACAAAAACAAACCAAUCCAAGUCUCUCCGAUGCCCUCCUGAAUCAAAAUCUCCGCAGUGCUACUUAUCGGUUGCCAGACGGGUCAGUCCUUACCAGAAACUUCAGGACAACACCUUACCUGAGCGAGGCUUUGCAAAACCCUCACUUGAAGAGAGCUUCAUACCAGCUUCCAACAGGGCUGUCCACCUGGACAACUGAAGCAGGGCAAGUUGUCGUGGGACCUGACGGCACGUACGCAAUCAUAUCACCACAGCGACACGGCCCAGAGCAGCACUGGGCCCAAAAUGCAUGGGAGGGUCCUAGUGCAGAGGAAGUUUGGGCUUCUGAGAAGGUUCUACCCCAUGGAACGGUGCAGAACCUCACUAAGUGGUCCAUGUACCGAGAUGAGAACAUGAUGGACCAUAUUACUCCUCCACCCCCCGGGAUGGGGCAGUCAGAAGCACAGUGGGCACCAGACCGGGAAGGAGAGCCAGUUGGCCAGUGGUAUGACAAGAUGUACUCCAUCAGGAGUCUACCAACUAUGAGCUACAGAGAGAAGAGAGAAGCUGAUGGAAUUGAAGACAUGACGGAGAUGGAAGAGCUGACUGAGGGUACAGUGCUGAUGAACCUGAAAACUCGCUUUGAGAGGGAGCUUAUCUAUACAUACAUUGGCAGUAUCCUGGUGUCGGUUAACCCAUAUAAGCUCUUCAACAUUUAUGGCACAGAUACAGUUCUACAGUAUGAGGGCCAUGGCUUAGGGGAGAACCCACCUCAUCUCUUUGCGAUUGCAAAUGUCGCCUACAUGACUAUGAUGGAUGCCAAACAAAACCAGUGUAUCAUUAUCAGUGGGGAGAGUGGGUCUGGGAAGACAGAGUCCACCAAACUUGUUCUGAGAUACCUAACUGCCAUUCAUCAUAAGAGGAAUAUAACACAACAGAUUGAGAUUCUAGAGGCAACUCCACUGUUGGAGUCUUUUGGGAAUGCCAAAACAGUCAGGAAUGAUAACUCGAGUCGCUUUGGGAAAUUUGUGGAGAUCUUUCUGGAAGAGGGAGUGAUCAGUGGUGCCAUAACCUCACAGUAUCUACUGGAAAAGUCCAGGAUCGUUUUUCAGGCCAAAGAUGAAAGGAAUUAUCACAUUUUUUAUGAGUUGUUGGCUGGUCUACCAACUCACCAGAGAAGGGCCUUUUACCUCCAGGAGGCUGAAACUUACUUUUACCUAAAUCAGGGUGGUAACUGUGAGAUCGUGGGAAAGGAUGAUUGUGAGGACUUUAGGCGGUUACAGAGUGCCAUGGAGAUCCUGAAAUUCAGUCCUGAAGACCAGAGCAGCAUCUUCAGAGUUCUGGCAUCUAUACUUCACCUGGGAAAUGUCUUCUUCCAAAGACUAGAGACGGAGGUCCAGGAGACGGCUGGAGUAGUGAGUGCUCAGGAGAUCCGUGUGGUGGCGGAGCUCCUUCAGAUCUCCCCUGAGGGCCUGCAGAGAGCCAUCACCUACAAAGUUACAGAGGCGAUGAGAGAGAAGAUCUACACUCCUCUAACAGUAGAGAGUGCUGUGGAUGCCAGAGAUGCAGUUGCCAAGAUCCUCUAUUCCUUGCUCUUUCACUGGUUAACAGAGCGGAUCAAUGGGCGCGUCUAUCCCAGAAAUGAAGCUCUGUCCAUAUCCAUAUUGGAUAUAUAUGGGUUUGAAGAGUUGAAAACUGAGCAGGAGGAGUACAUACGAGAACAAAUCAACUGGAGAGAGUUGACUUUCGGUGACAAUCAGGCGUGUAUCGACCUUAUCGCUGCUAAGCCUCAUGGGAUACUCCGUAUCCUCGACGACCAGUGCGGCUUCCCACAGGCCACUGACCACACCUUCCUUCAGAAGUGCCACUAUCACCAUGGCAACAACCCUCUCUACUCCAGGCCAAAGAUGCCUCUUCCAGAGUUUAGUGUGAAGCACUAUGCUGGGAGAGUGACCUACCAGGUCCAUAAAUUCCUGGAUAAGAAUUAUGAUCAGGUUCGACAGGAAGUAUUAGACCUGUUUAUGCAGAGCCAGAACAGGAUGGUAGCGAAUCUCUUUCUGAAGCAUGCUGAAAUGCUGAGUCAGCAGAAAGGGGCCUCGAGGAACAGCUCAGUAACACGCCGUUAUCAGGCCUCCACUGUCGCCGCCAAGUUCCAGCACUCACUGCAGGAGCUUCUGGACAAGAUGGAACAGUGUAACCCAUUUUUUGUACGCUGCAUUAAGCCAAAUAACAAUAAGGACCCCGGUGUGUUUGAUCCAGAGUUGGUUGCUACUCAGCUGCGAUAUGCUGGAAUUAUAGACACCAUACAGAUCAGGAAGGAAGGUUAUCCAAUCAGAGUGCUCUUCCACGUUUUUUUAAACAGGUACAAAGCUCUGUUGGGACUGAAAAAACCUCCACCUCCAGAUGGAGACAACUGUGUCAAUAUGCUAAUAAAACUCUGCCCAAUCAAAAAAGGAGAUUAUCAAGUGGGUGUGUCCAAGCUCUUCCUCAAGGAGCAUGUGUAUCAGCUGUUGGAGAGCAAGCGUGAUCGAAUGACGCACGUGGCAGCCAUGACGCUACAACGCUACGUCCGCAUGUGGUUCGUUCGCAAAAACUUCCUCAAGUUCCGCAUGGACAUGAUGUGUCUCCAGGCCCACUGCCGAGGGUUUCUCACCAGGCGCCGUUUUGCACAAAGGCGUGUGAAUCUGAUCAAGUUCCGCUCUCUCGUCUGGCUGUGCGUCAGCUGCCAGAGAUAUGUAAAGGAUCAUUUUCUUCUGGCCAGGAGAGCAGAGGAGGAGAGGAUGAGGAUAGAAAUGGAGCGUGCCAGUAGAGAGGUGGUGAAUGUGUCUCAGUUGGUCAUCCCUGCUGAACUGGGUGGAUUGUUGCAGGCUACAGCAGCGGGUAGGCAGCUUCACUCAGAAUGCCUGGCUUUGGUUCAGGCUCCCACAGUCCAGGUGGAGCCUCAGCUCACUCUGCCUCUAGAUAUUAACAACUACAUGAUGACCAAAUACAUCCGCUCCAACUUUAGAGAACUGCAGUUCGGGAUGUUGACAGCACCUUUGGAAUCUUCUCUAACUCGUCUGGAGGAUGAUCUGAAGCAAGAUGCUCUUGAUAUUUUUAUACUGAUUUUGCGUUUUAUGGGAGAUCCGAACCUAAAUGGGGCUCAAGAGAACCUGUUUGGAAAUUACAUCAUUCAAAGGGGCCUUGCCACUCCACCAAUCAGGGAUGAAAUCCUAGCUCAGAUAGCCAAUCAGGUGUGGCGGAAUGAAAACCAAGGCAACGCAGAGCGAGGCUGGCUGCUCAUGGCAGCCUGUCUCAGUUCAUUUGCUCCAACUAAGAGGAUGGAUAAAUACUUACUGAAGUUUGUGUCAGACUAUGCUUUGAAUGAUUUUAAAGCAUUGUGUCAGCACAAGCUACUGCAGGCGAUGCAGAAGUCUCAUCUGGGCCCUGAGGCAGCGCGGACAUACCCCCCUUCCCUGCUCGAGUGGACAGCCAGUCGCAAGAAAGCCCACAUGGUGCUACAAGUGUACUGCUUCGAUGGAGUGUCUUUCCUAUGCCCUCUUCACUCCUGGACCAGUGGGGAGGACCUGGCAGGAGACAUCCUACAGCACAGGGGAGUGGCAGAGAACUGGCAUGGUUGGUCAGUGCUGUUGAAACAGCCGGCCCAGUGGGUGGAGCUUGAGGGCCAUGACUACGUAUUGGACCUAGUGUGUGAUUUGGAGCUUCCAGCAGACUUCCCCAAACAGAAAACGCACUUCAUCAUUUCAUCUGAAGACCCUAACAGAACACGGCCCAAUGCAAGCAUAAGUCUGUUCGGCAGUGGAUUUGAUGAUGAAGAUGAUGCUCCACUUUCACACGCCAACAGAGUCAGUGCCAUGGCAACCAGCAUGGACUCUGAGCCAUCCAGCGAUGGUGCACAGAAAGGGAUGGACAAGUACCUGGACAGCCUGUUUGACCCUGUACUGUCAGACGGAACUGGGGAUCUUGAAGCAUCAGCUCUCUCAGGGAGGUUAAAAGGUGGAGGAGGGGUCGGUGGUGGCCAUGGAGACGGAGUUCAUCCCAGCCCCAGUGUUCCUUAUUCAGCAGCCCUUCAGCCUGGAGCGGUCAGGGUGCUGCCCACUAUGCCAGUUGUACCAAGCGUACCGCCCACGUCAGCCAUGCCACCUGCGCCAGACCCGCAACAAACUGCCCUGGCUCAGCAACAGCAAGCCAUAAUCAACCAACAAGCCAUCAUUAUGGCCCAGCAAAUGACCAUGCAGGCUAUGGCCAUUGUGUCCAGUCCUCCCCUUUCUCCUCCCACCAGCCCCCCUCCCACCCCGUAUCCAGGUUUCAUCCCCCCCAGUCCUUACCCAGCCAUUCCCCCCAGCCCAUACUCCAACAUGGCCCAGAGUCCUUACACCCAUCCGGGCAACUCUUCUUACUCCAGCCCCCCUGUCAGCCCCUACCAGACCAUGGUCUCCACCACCCCCCACAGCACUCCAACCAUCACCGAGGGGCAGCGUGGGCCUCCAAAAAAAAUGCAGACAACCAAGACACAGGCUCUAAACUCAGCAGAACAGGGUAAGCCUGGUAAAGGCAGCUUGGGUAGGAAAAAAGCUCCAGCCCCACCUAUAACCACUGACAACAAACCUGCCAAGAAAUUUGCCCCAGUCCCAGCAGCAUCAGGGCCCAUGCGUUCUGCUCUAUCUAAUGAAGUGGAGAUUGUUAAGUAUUCAGUCUCAAAUUCAGAGCACAUCAUACCCAGCCACAACAUCAAAGACAUCAUCAGACAAUACCAAACGCCUGCUCCUGAACCAGUGCCUGAGAUCAGACACAGGAGAGACGGUAAACCUUUUGUGAAGAAGAUGAAUCCACAUGAAGAAGCCAUGCAGAUCCUUAAAACACAGAUGGAAAAUCCACCACCUCCACAAGUACUGAGACCUCCUGCUCCAGUGGCUGUGUCUAAAGAGCCUGUGCUGAAACCAACCAAGAGCAGCAAGAAGAGAGCACCAGCACCUCCUCUUAACUUACCACCACCUCCACCAGUGUCCAGAGAUUUGCCAGUGGAAUCGGAGACUAUCCAAACCCAGCUCCACAGAAGCGGUACUGAGGAGCACUACACCUACACCAACGUGCCCUGGAAAAUCUACUUAAGGAAGGAGGUAUUUUAUCCCAAAGACAGUUUUAACCACCCUGUAGUACUGGACCUCAUAUUCAAACAGAUUGUGAAUGACACAUUUUCAGAGGCUUGUGUGAGAAUAACCAAAGAAGAGAGGUUGAAGAUGAAGACUUUGUUUGUGGAACACAGGAUUGAGCAGAACUCGGACUUUCAAGAUGAAAAUCUGAAGAAGACGGUGGUGUCCAUUGCUAGGGAGUCAUGGGAGAUUUACUUCUCCCGCCUCUUCCCUGCCUCAGGGAGUGUUGGUACUGGAGUGCAGGUCUUGGCUGUGUCUCACACUGGCAUUAAACUGUUAAAGACAGUGAAGAGUAGUGCUUCAGCUCCAGACUACUUCAGAGUCCUGAGACCAUACAGUUACACAGAUAUCCUGUUUGUGACCAUUCCGUCUCAGAACAUGCUGGAGGUCAAUCUGAUGAAUGAGAAACUGAUCCUGUUCUCAGCCAAAGCUGCUCAGAUUAAACACAUGAUCGACCUCUUUAUCUCACACCUGAAGAAGGACUCAGAGUAUGUAGUAGCAGAGAGGAAUUUCAUCACUGCUGACAGGGCUAUGCUCAGUUUCCAUAAAGGUGACAUCAUCCGUCUGCAGGUUAUGGAUGGACUAGCUGAGGGUCAUAGUUACGGCUGUGUGGUGAAGAAAAAGGUCAUUUAUUUGGAGGAACUGAAGAGAGACACACCUGACUUUGGCUGGAAGUUCGGAGCGUUGUUUGGCAGGAGUGGGGCAUUCCCGACUGAAUGUGUGGUUCCAGUGGCAGCUCCGGAUUUCCUGAACCUGCCCGUGGAGCGCAGGGAGGAGCCGAGGGACAGGCCGGGACAGGUGGCAGCGUCAGGAGCCGUGGCCCUGGUCGUGGCCUCCAGCGUGGCCGCUCACGAGCUGGACCCAACACUGGAGGUGGGCUCUGAGGGAUUUGGGAAUUUCGGUAAUCCAGAAAUGGAGGACAGCAUUCUUCUGGACAGCCAGUACAACUUGGUGGAGUUUGCCAAGAAGUACUUCAGGCAGUCUAAUGGAAGCAAGAGUGACUCAUUUAGAGAGAAGUCCAAAAAAGGCAAAGGAACCAAAGAUCCUGCAGAGAUGAUGAAAUUCAGCAAGAACCCCAUCCAAGAGUCCCUCAUAGAGUUCACAGACCCCAACAUGAAUAGAGCGGCAUCAGAAAUCUUCCUCGCUGUGAUGAAGUUCAUGGGAGACCAUCCCCUCAGAGGUCAAUCAGAACAGUUUGUUCUCUGCACCUUUCUGAAGUUGAUUGGAGAAUAUGGAUUAAUGAAGGAUGAGGCAUACUGUCAGGUCCUUAAACAGAUCACAGCCAACAGCAGUUCUAAACCUGACAGUUGUCAGAGGGGCUGGCGUUUGCUCUAUAUUCUCACUGCUUACUAUCGCUGCUCAGAGGUUCUCAAGCCCUACCUCCUCAAAUUCCUGCAGGAAGUGUGCAGAAAUGCAGGAGGCCUUUUUCAAGGCAUUGCCAAGGCCUGUGAGCAGAACAUUAAGAAGACCUUUCAAUUCGGUGGAAGAAGUGUGUAUCCCAGCAACAUGGAGCUCAAAGCCAUAAUGGCUGGCCGAAGCUCCAAACGGCAACUCUUCCUGUUCCCUGGAGGCAUCGAACGACAUUUGAAAAUCAAAACGUGCUCUGUGGCUCUGGAUGUGAUUGAAGAGUUGUGUUACGAGAUGGGUCUACACAAACUAGAGGCCAUGGAUGAGUAUACUAUUUUUAUCGUUACAAACAGAGGUCAGAAUGUCCGCCCACUGAAUAAGAGGGAGUACAUCCUGGAUAUUGCCACAGAGGCCGAGCAGACUGAUAGCAACUAUAGUUUCUGGUUCAGACGGGUCAUCUGGGCCCAGCCACUCAAGUUUGACAACGAGCUCUGUGUUACCAUGCACUUCAAUCAGAUUCUUCCGGACUACCUGAAGAGUUUGCUGAACGUGCUUCCUCAGGGGAAAAUCAGUGAACAGCAGUUUAAUCAGGUGGCCAAACUGGCUGCCCUGCAACACAGGACAAAAGACAGUCUCUAUGCACCCACCAUUCACGAGCUGACAGAGUACAUCCCAGCCCAGCUCUUUGGGAGGCAGGGGCCACAGCAGUGGAUGCAUUUGGUCACUCAGCAUACACAUGCAGUCCAGAGCCUCAGUCCCCACCAGGCUCGAUCUCAGUUCCUGGGUCUAGUGUGUGCCUUCCCCAUGUUUGGGUCCGCCUUUUUCUACAUCCAGAGCAGUAGUAAUAAUGCUAUAUCUGCUCCCUGUAUCUUGGCUGUUAAUCAAAAUGGACUUCACUUCCUUCACAAAGACACGCAUGAGCUGCUGGUCAAGUUUAAUCUGAAGCUGGUCCAGUCCACACACACUCAGCGGCCCAGCGCUGGUUCCAGUUACCCUUAUGUAGACAUCACACUGGGAGACCUGACCAACCACAGAGUCACACAGCUACAACUGGAGCAGGGUUUGGAACUGUGUCGAGUAAUUGCUAUGCACAUUGAGAAUCUGCUUUCAGUUCGAGAGAAGAGACUGACCUUGCCACCCAGCGAAAUCACUCUCCUCUAG